AAAAAAAAAAUUCGCAAUGGAAAAGAAAAUUGAACAAACACCACACGAACAAAAUUGUGUUUUAGUUGAUAACUUUGCGAUCUUUGUACAAGUCUUACUGGGAGCAAUUGCAUUCUCAACGCUUAUUUAUAAAAGACACAGAGAGCGACCACAAAGACCAUUACGAAUAUGGUUUUAUGAUGUAAGCAAGCAAUUGCUGGGAGCAGGAAUAGUGCAUGGACUGAAUAUAAUUGUCUCUUAUAUAGCAGGGUCAAUCGAUGGAGGAGGCGAUACUAAUCCUUGUGUGUGGUACUUUCUUAAUAUAUUUAUCGAUUGUACUCUAGGAGUGUUUAUACUAUAUGUGCUUCUAAAGAUAGUUGAUUUCAUAGUGGUCAUUACUGGCACAGAAGGCAUGAAGAGCGGAGACUAUGGUCAUCCACCGAAUGUGAAUUGGUGGAUAAGACAAACAGUAGCAUUUAUAUGUUGCUUAUUUGUUAUGAAAAUAGUAGUUGUACUCAUUUUCCGACUAUGCCCAUUUUUAUUCGACACAGGAGAAUUUUUACUUGGAUGGACAUUAUAUAAUGCAAAACUACAAGUUGUGUUUGUAAUGCUAAUAAUUCCAUUAGUUAUGAACAUUGUACAAUUUUGGCUCGUUGAUCAAGUUAUAAAGAAAAAAUUGGAAGGUGUUAAGUUAGUAGAUGAUGAUUUUGGUGUUGAAGAUGUAUUCCUUCCGGAAGCAUUAAGUGAUGAUGAUGAUGAUGAUGAUGAUGUUGAAAUGGGUGGUAGUAGUAUUAGUGUUUCUUCUAAUACUGCUAUACUUGCAAGAGAAGCCUUUAUAACUGAUAAAAGCAAAAAUGAUACCACUUCUGAUAUUUAUAUUGAAUUACGGAAAACACCUUCUCAAGUAAUGAAAGAAGAUUAUUUUGAAAAAUAAUUUCAUUGAUAAAAAAAAAGACAUUUUAUAGCAUAUUUUUUACAUCAUAAUUUUUAUCAUAAAUUUUUUUUUUUGAUUAUAUAUUACUAUAAAUUUCUAUGUACUAUAAUUUUUUUAUAAAUCAUAAUUAGAAAUUUGACUAUUUUUUAAUUUAAUAUUAACAAAACUUAAUAAAACAAUUGCUAC